AUGUCUUCGGAUACUGCAUUAUCUUCUCCCAAACCAAAUGAUGGUUUAGGUAGUGGUUCUGGGGAUGAUAUUGACUCCAAACCUAAGAGACAAAGAAGAAGUUAUAGUUGUGGUCCCUGUAAACUAUUAAAGAUUAAAUGUGAUUUAACGAUACCUUGCACUUCUUGUCAAAGGUUCAAAAGAACUGAUAAAUGCCUACUUCAUCCUCCACAACCUCCAAGUCAAGAAGAGUUAUAUAAAAUUAAAGAAAGAAGAAAACGAACAAAUAUCAAAAAAUUAAGACUAACAAAUAAUUUGGUGCAGACCUUCAAUACCAAUGGUGAGUCUUUACCAUCUUUAGCAACCUCCAUAACAAAUGUGUCUAGGCAAAUUACUGCUAAUAUUGAUAGUCCGAUGAAAUAUAGUACUGUUGACUUGAAUCGUUAUGCAUCAAUACCCUAUCCUGCUAUACAUCAACAAACUUCACCUCCAAAUGGAUUAUCUUCGAUUCCUCCUCCUAAUUUACCACCACGGUAUUUUCCUAACUAUCCUGCAACCCAACAACCGUAUUCUCAAUUCUCUCAUCAGUAUCUUGUUCCUUUACCACCAAUCCAGAACCAACUUUCAUUCCAACAGUCAUAUCAUCCUAUAAAUCAGCAAGACUCACAUCCGCUAUCGACUACCCUUAUUGAUCAACAAUUGGCUCAAGAUAAGACUACUUUAGUAGCUCUUCUGAUGGUAGAUGUUAAACGUAUUAAAAGAUUACUACCGCAUCAUUUCAAUAUAUUUGAAACAUUAAUCCAAUUAUAUCUUAAAUCCAUGAAUGAUCAAAUCAUGGACAUUAUGAAUUACGAAGCCUUACAAGAACAAAUUAAAACGAUUUAUGCUAAAUUUUUAUCGAUCAAUGAUGAAGAUUCUACAAAAUUAACAUCAACCAUUGAGUUUAAUGUUAUUGAAUUGAGAGCUUUAAGUCUUGGGUUUAUCUUACUUGCCAAUGGUUAUUUAUUUGAUACUUCAAAUUUGAAUCACUUUUUACUAGAGCGGUCAAUUUUUAAAUCUAAACAAGAUAUAAUGAAAGAUUGGGUAAAUAUAUCUAAAUUUAUUAAGCAGAAAAUCAUAUCCUAUAAUAAAAUUACCGAUAUAUUAUAUCUUUUAGAUUGGUAUUUUGUUAUUAAGAAUUAUUAUACUUAUUCAGGUCAAAUUGUGGAGAAUUAUCUUGAAUUUAAUAAUUUACUUAAUUAUGCUGUGUUAAAUAAUCAAUUCAUGGAAUUUAUAGAAGAUCCAGACAAAGAACAAAUUACAUCAUCAUCAUCCGAACAAAACAGUAAUAUAAUGGGUAAUGACUCUAAUCAAACCAGCUCAUAUCAUCACCAUCAGCAAAAUUCUUCGACUGCUCGUAUAAGCAAUGCUUCCGAAAAACCUUACCCUCAAUCUUUCGAAUUCAAAUUAUUAGCAAGAUAUUGGAUGCAAUUAAGAUUAGUUGAAAUUGAAUUCACCUUUUUUCAAUACAAAGGUUCAUUAUUAUCAUCCAAUCAAUUAAAAACCACUAUUGUACCUCAUAAGCAACUCCUUCAAUCUUUGUAUGGUGAUAAUUUAUCAUCUAUUACCAAUCCAUUAGUUAAAUUUGCCAUACAAGUGUGGGGAUUAUAUUAUAAAAGAUCAAGAUACUCAACUUCAAUCAAGGAUAUCAUAAAGAGCUAUUUGGAAUUAUAUGGUGAUAUACUCUCUUUAUAUCUUUCAGAAAUAAAAGAACAAGAGUCACUUCUAUUUUCUGAUGAUGGUUGUGCUGAUCUCAAUGCUGUUAUUGGACCUCAAGAAUUGGAUAUAUUUCUCAAAAAUCAAAUUGCUUUGACUGUAUUCAUUAGAUGGUUAAGUUUUAUUCGUAUUGAAACCAACUAUUUCCCUUCCUUAAGAUACACUUCUUAUCUUACAAGUAUGAUGAAUUUAUUUAAUCACUUUAAUAUGAUUGAUGAAAUCAUCCGCCACCAACUGCCAAAUCAAGAUCUUGUAACUAUACUAAUUCAUCAAUACCCAUAUCAUUACAUUAGAAACUUUUAUCAAUGUUUAAUAUAUCAAGCUAUCUUUCUUAUUAUCCUUCAAGAUUUUAUUUUAGUUAAUGAUCAGAAAUUCAAAAUGGAUUUAAAAAUCAUUUAUGAAACGAUAUUAUCUCGCUUUGAAAGUACUUAUUCCAAAUUUGCUAACAAUAAAACUGCAUCAAAUCACUUACAUCAAGUAAAGUUUUUCAAAACUUCUUUCAAUUUAGUAAGUGAAUUCAACAAAUUCCUUCAUGACAAUAAAGCUUCAUCUUUGGGAGAUUUGACAGAAUUAAUUUAUCAAAUUAAGAUGAACUACAUAUCUUAUGAAAACUGGGAAAUUUUGAUUAAUUUUUAUUUUGGUUCUAGAGAGAACUUCAUGAGAUACAUCGAAAAAAUUUGGGAUUUAUUUGAAUUUUUGAAAGGAGAUGAUUCGAAAGAUAUCGUUAAUGGAAAAUCUAAUAAAUUAAGGCUGCAAAAUUCAAUACCAAUAACUUCAUCUAUAUUUCUCAAUGAUCAAUUGAUCCUUGAUAAUUGUAAUAAACUUACAGGUUUUGAGUUUGAUUCUGCCAUAGUAUUGGACUAUAUACGAACUGUUGUUGAACCAAAUAUUCAAGAGUAA